UGUUUAUUUUGAAAAAUAAGCGGCAGUGAUGGAGGCAGAUCGUGAGAGCGGGCCGGAUUUUAGAGUAAAUGUCAAGUCGAAAAAAAUAGUUAACAAUCAGCUUGAAAAGUAUAAAGAAUUAUUUAAAAAGUUACUCGAUGGCCAAUGCCAUAUUUCCGAGGAAGACAAGGCCAAACUGCUGCAAGAAAUGAUUGUGAACUUUGAGUUCACAGUGCAGGAAAAUAUAGCUAUUGGUGGAUUGUCUUGGGAUGAGACGUCAGAGGAAUACUGUGAAGACGAUGAGAGCACAGUAAACAACAUUCUGGAUGAAAAGAUUGUAGAGACCGCCUCCAAACGCAGCUCUUACCCAAAGCAAAUACGCAACCAUGUCGUGCGAUCAUUAAAAGCAGAGAGGAAACUUUUGGGUCUGUAUGAACAGACAGUGAAGCCACAAGACAUAAAGCCAGAUCCAGCUCAAGACAAUGUCAUCAGCAAUAUAUCCGCCGCUGCACCUAGAGUGUUUAAACAAGCCAGUACUGUAAUGAAGUCUCUGAAAAGUCUGAAACAGGCAGCCGAGGGUUUGCAUCAAGUGCUUGUCAUGCAGCCUUCAGCAGAGUCGCUGGAUAUCUACAGAGAAGUGUUGGGCAGCUCAGUUGGAAACGUCUGUCUUUCCAUCAUCAAAAGAGAUGCAGCUGAUUCAGAAUACAGUGCAGACUACGUCCCUGCAGCAAAAAUCACCAAAAAGACUGAUGUAAAUGUAGUUUAAUGUGUAUUUGAUGGCGUAUGUACAUUGUUGUGUGGGAAUGGGGAAGUGUUGUAUUACAUGAGGAUUGUAUUGCAUGUUGAUUCUUAUUCAUUUCAUGUAUAUAAAUAUUCAAGUAUGCUGUGUAUGUAGCUCAGAUGGAAAUUCGUGUUUCACCACUUUCCUUUUCCGUUAAAUCUGAUUAAUUAUA